AUGGAGUCUGAAGGAGAUGAAGCCUCCCAUCAAGUUUCAUCAAAUCCAAGCCUUAAAAUCCUUAAACUACCGCCAGAACUCAUCGUUGAAAUCAUCUUAAGGCUUCCAGUGAAAUCCCUCUUGCAAUACAGGUGUGUUUCGAAAUCUUGGCGUGAUUUAAUCUCUAGCCAUAAAUUUAUCAAGAAUCAUGUAGCGAUAUCUGGUAAUAACAAGGAUUGCACCCACCAUAGGAUUCUGUGGUGGGAGGUAUUACGUUGCAAUCUUAAGAACGUUUCCCUUAGUUCUUUACUUUAUGUUGACUCUGUUAGUGAGAUAAUCGACUCGGAUUAUCCUAUGAAAUAUCCCUAUAUACCUGCUCGUCGCCAUAUAGCCGUUCAGAUUAUGGGUUCUGUUAAUGGGUUGAUUUGUCUUGCCAUUGAAAAAGAAAACUUCUUUUUCUGGAAUCCAUCACUUAGGAAGUUCAAGAAUUUUCCUACAGCUAAAUUGAAGCUGCCUGCAGGUAGUUCUUAUAAACUCAUGUAUGGUUUUGGGUAUGAUGAAAUCCAUGAUGAUUGUAAGGUAGUGGUAGGUUGGAAGACUUUUCAUUCAUAUCAUUUUGAGGUCAAAAUAUAUAGUUUGAAUAAUGAUUCUUGGAGAAGUGUCGAUGAUUUUCCUGGUGGGAAGCUAUACAUGAAGUGGGAAUUUAUGCCAGGUUUGUUUGUGAAUGGGAAGCUUCACUCGGGUAAUAAUAUUAUUUAUAGUUGUCGGGAUACUUGUUCUCAUAAGAUAAUUGAUUGGGACAUCAUAUCUAUUGAUCUGGUUGACGGGAAGUGGGGAAAGGUGGAGAAACCUUGUUAUGGAGAAGGAGAUUUCACUUCUAAGCUCGGAGUUUUGGGAGGUAAUCUUUCUAUGUUUUGUAAUUAUCAGAGUCAUGCAGAUGUUUGGGUUAUGGAGUACGGGAUUAAAGAAUCUUGGACAAAGAUAUGUGUCAUCAAUCGUCCUAAAUCUCCUGUGAUGCAUAUGUUUAUUCCACUCUUUUUCAUGUCUAAUAAAGGUGAACUUAUGUUUGUGUUUGAUUCAAUUUUCAUCAUCUACAAUCCAAAGAAUGACUCGUCCAGAUACUGGCUAUCAUAA